AUGAAGACUACCGCCUUCGCACGCCGCUCGGCGCUCCCGGCCGUCUUGGCCCUGGCGCUGCGGGCUUCUGCCGUGCCCUGCACGCCCCCUGGCGACCCCUUCGCCGUCAUUGAUCCCCAGAAUUGGGUCAACCCCGAUGACAUGGUCUGGGAGGACUUUACACCGCCGCCGGGCACAAAUUGGUCGGAUCCGAGCCAGAAGGGCUCCAUCCGUAACUUCAACAUUGCCCUCGUCCCUGUCGACUACCGAGACCUGCCCUUCAUCAUCACGCAGCCAGAGCGGUCCACCAUUUUCGGUAACCCACAACCCGCCGCCGCCAGCUUUGCACGCAAGGAUGUCCCUGCGUUUUACCGCGACCUCCUCAACAAGCCCACCGAUUUGAACAACCGUCACACCCUUCAUGAAUACUGGAUGGAGGACUCGGGCGGUCGGUUUGGUGUGGAUCUGACCGUCUUUGGAGCGAGAGUGUCCUGCUGGCCCUCCUUGCAACCUCAAUAUUCGCACCGACGCGCUGAACGCCUGCGCAACGAUGUUGGUAACGAGACGGUCGACAGCUACGACCUCGUCUUUAUCCUAUCGGCCGGCCAGGAUGAGUCCUCGACGUGGCAGGAAUUUGGUCCCAUGCGCUGGGAGUCACCCGAAGAUGUUCCUCCCGAGUUCGGACCUCCUGUUGACAACGCAACAUCCAACGCCGCCCGCACCCGCUACGUGCCCUGGACCUCCUGGGCGGCAGCAGCUACUCUCUGGCCCAACGCCGGUGCCGGCUCAUCGACGCAGGGCGAGUCCUCCGGCAUGGGCGUCUAUGCCCACGAGCUCUCCCACCUUCUGAUUAUUGCCGACAACUACAAUAACCCUUAUUCUGACCCGCCGCAGCGCGCUUACACAGGACCCUGGUCCAUGAUGUCGCGCGGCUCCUUCAACGGGCCCGGUGGUCCGCACACACGCUGGCAGGUGCCCGCCCUGCAGGGCGCGGCCCUCGGCUCACUGCACACGGUUCGUGACAAGCUCCAACUCGGCCUCACCGAUGAGAACGAGGUGCGCAUCUUGUCGCGUGCCGACCUCAUUGCAUCCGGCGCUUCUCGUCGCGACAUAACGCCCGCUCGUCAACCUGCCGCGAAGCUCAUCGGUCUGCGCAUCUCCUCGGUGCGGACGGCGGCGAUCGCAACGCCUGCCUGCAACGCGACAGCAAACGCCGUUCUGCGACGGCGGGGCCAUACGAUCACCUACGAAGUCGAGGUCGUCGACCGCAUGGGCGCCCGACUCGUUCCAAGUCGGACGCGGGCGUCAUGUUCUCCAAAGACAAGACGCGCGACCGCCUGCCGUUCCAAUGGACCAUUGACGCCAACCCGCAGGACCAUUCGGCUUCGUCGACUUUGUUCGCCCCGACGGCACGCCGCACGAGGCGGGCGUGCUGUCGUAUACGGGGGCGUCCGGGCGACGGCGGCCGCCGAUUCGGGGCGCCGCGGCGUCGAGGUCGGCAGGGGGCUCGUGACGGACCUCCGGCACAACAAGCCGACGGAGAAGGGCGUCACGUGCUCGUUUGAGGUGACGAACACGGGCGAGGGCGCUGAUCUUUUCCGUCUCGAGGCGCAGGUCGAGGGUCGGGGCUGGCGGGUGGCCGUGCCGAACGAGCUGCUCGUCGUGGAGGAGGGCAAGGUGGGCAUUGCCAAGAUGGCCGUUGGCGCCGUCGCUGACGCGGCGGGCGAGGGCGUCGUGACGCUGAAGGUGACAUCGGAGAGGGGCGAUGCCGAGGCUGCGGGCGAGUGUCGGGUGACGAGGGCAUGA